AUGCAGCCAGGACAAACUGGAGAGAGCCAACAGAGGGACCACCCGGCGUUAAGAGGGAUGGGGAUUUCCCCUGAGCCUCGCGGCUUUCAUGCGGUCUCGCGGCCGCCUCCUCUCUUUCCCCAGCACGUGGCACACAGUGGGCGCUGGAUGACUCUUUCUCAGACCGUUCCUCGGACUCCGAGUCCCUGUGUCUCUGUCUCCAUGAGUGGUCAGGCUGUCCCUGCGUCUCUGAUCAGGUCUCUGUCUCUCUAUCUCCCUGAGUCUCGGGCUCCCGGAGUCCCUGGGGGCGCUGUCCGGAGGCGCCGGCGGCGGGAAGGCUGGGCUCGGUGGCCCCGGAAGCCGGAGCGGAGGUGGGAGGGCACGCCGGAGCUUCGCUCCCAGCGAAUCACGCACCCGCCGGAGACCUCCCGACAGCCUGGGACCGCCGCCGCCGCCUCCAUGGGCGCAGAGCACCAGGCCCGCGCCUGCCUCGCCAGCUGCGGCCCCGCCACGCCGCCCGCCCUGCGAGAACUGCUGCGCAUGCUCCAACGAUUCGCCGGAGCCUCUGGCCGGCGGUGCCAAGAGCAGAGCCUGGCAGACACUGGCAGGCUCCUGCCUGCCCUGAGCCAGGCCUGGGCUGAGCUGGGUGCCGCUGAGGCCCAGCCCUUCCUUCGCUGCCUCCUCAGCUGUCAGCUGGAGGCCAUGGGCAGCCUGGGGGCCUUCCGCAAGCUGGAGAAGAUUGUGGCCACGUUGGCUGCAAGCAGAGAGAGCAUGGUGUCUGAGGAAGUGGCCAGGAUGCUGGGCAGCUUGACCCAAGGCCAGCAGGAACGGCCUGGGCUGCUUGGGGCUUCCUCCCGCCCCCUGGGGUCUUGGGUCUGACCAUGCUGUGGACGCUGAUGCCUGCCUUUGCCUUCUA